AUCCACAGGUCACCCGCCCUCUUUCUGUGUCCUCAUCAGUAUCCCUCCUCAAGAUGGGGAUAAUCGUAGUGCCCGGGCGAUUGGAAAGACCACAUGAAACUGCCUGUGAAGGUUUUGCAGGAGUUCCUGGCCUUUGCUAAGCUGUCGAAAGGAAGGCAGAGGAAGCCACGGCCGCUGGACCCCGGCGAGGGCUCCAAGGACACAGACAGCUCUGCCGGGCGGCGUGGCAGCGCGGGCAGGCGGCACGGACGCUGGCGGGGCCGCGCCGAGAACCCAGGCGUGCCCGUGGCCAAGGUGGUCCGGGCAGUCACCAGCCGGCACAGGGCCAGCCGGCGGGUGCCCCCCGCCCCUCCCCCGGAGGCCCCAGGCCGCCAGAACUUAAGUGGGGCUGCAGCCGGGGAGGCGCUGGUGGGCGCAGCUGGCUUCCCGCCCCAUGGAGACACAGGGAGUGUGGAGGGCGCCCCGCAACCCACGGACAAUGGCUUCACCCCCAAGUGUGAGAUUGUGGGCAAGGAUGCGCUGUCUGCGCUGGCCCGGGCCAGCUCCAAGCAGUGCCAGCAGGAGAUCGCCAACGUGGUGUGCCUGCACCAGGCCGGGAACCUCAUGCCCAAGACCGUGCCCCGGCACUGCCAGCUGCCUGGGAAGAUGAGCCCUGGCAUCCAGUGGGACGAGAGCCAGGCCCAUCGGCCCGUGGAUGGCCCCCCAGUUCGCAUCGCCUAUAUGCUGGUGGUGCACGGCCGGGCCAUUCGCCAGCUGAGGCGUCUGCUCAAGGCGGUCUUCCACAAGCAGCACUUCUUCUACAUCCACGUGGACAAGCGCUCCAACUACCUGCACCGGGAGGUGGUGGAGCUGGCCCGCCGCUACGACAACGUGCGGGUGACUCCCUGGCGCAUGGUCACCAUCUGGGGUGGGGCCAGCCUGCUGAGGAUGUACCUGCGGAGCAUGCAGGACCUGCUGGAGGUGCCUGGCUGGGCCUGGGACUUCUUCAUCAACCUCAGUGCCACCGACUACCCAACCAGGACCAACGACGAGCUGGUGGCUUUCCUAUCUAAGAACCGGGACAAGAAUUUCCUCAAGUCCCAUGGACGGGACAACUCCAGGUUCAUCAAGAAGCAGGGCCUGGACCGCCUCUUCCAUGAAUGCGACUCACACAUGUGGCGCCUGGGCGAGCGGCAGAUCCCGGCGGGCAUCGUGGUGGACGGCGGCUCCGACUGGUUUGUGCUGACGCGCAGCUUCGUGGAGUACGUGGUGUACACGGACGACCCGCUGGUGGCCCAGCUCCGCCAGUUCUACUCGUACACGCUGCUGCCCGCCGAGUCCUUCUUCCACACGGUGCUGGAGAACAGCCCGGCCUGCGAGAGCCUCGUGGACAACAACCUGCGGGUCACCAACUGGAACCGCAAGCUGGGCUGCAAGUGCCAGUACAAGCACAUCGUGGACUGGUGCGGCUGCUCCCCCAACGACUUCAAGCCGCAGGACUUCCUACGGCUGCAGCAAGUGUCCAGACCCACCUUCUUUGCCCGGAAGUUCGAGUCGACGGUGAACCAGGAGGUACUAGAGAUCCUGGACUUCCACCUGUACGGCAGCUACCCGCCCGGCACGCCAGCCCUCAAGGCCUACUGGGAGAACAUCUACGAGGCGGCCGAUGACCCCGGCGGGCUCAGCGACGUCACGCUCACGGCUUACACCGCCUUCGCCCGCCUGGGCCUGCGCCACGCGGCCACGGCUGGGCCCCCGCUGGCCGGCUCGCUCUGCAGGUUUGAGCCCAGGGGCUUGCCGUCCAGCGUGCACCUGUAUUUCUAUGACGACCAUUUCCAGGGCUACCUGGUGACACAGGCAGUGCAGCCCUCAGCCCAGGGGCCGGCAGAGACGCUUGAGAUGUGGCUGAUGCCCCAGGGGUCGCUGAAGCUGUUGGGGCACAGUGACCAGGCCAGCAGGCUCCAGAGUCUGGAGGUUGGCACCGAGUGGGACCCCAAAGAGCGCCUUUUCCGGAACUUUGGGGGGUUGCUGGGGCCAUUGGAUGAGCCCGUUGCCAUGCAGCGCUGGGCCCGGGGGCCCAACCUCACAGCCACCGUGGUGUGGAUCGACCCCACCUACGUGGUGGCCACGUCUUAUGACGUUGCAGUAGACGCAGAGACAGAGGUCACGCAGUACAAGCCCCCACUGAGCCGGCCGCUGCGGCCCGGGGCCUGGACUGUCCGGCUGCUUCAGUUCUGGGAACCCCUGGGGGAGACCCGCUUCCUCGUGCUGCCCUUGACCUUCAACCGCAAACUACCUCUCAGGAAAGAUGAUGCCAGCUGGAUGCAUGCCGGACCACCCCACAACGAGUACAUGGAGCAGAGUUUCCAGGGCCUGAGCGGCAUCCUGAACCUGCCUCAGCCAGAGCCUGUGGAGGAGGCCGCCCGGCGGCACGCGGAGCUCACAGGUCCAGCACUUGAGGCCUGGACAGAUAGGGAGCUGAGCGGCUUCUGGUCUGUGGCCGGACUGUGCGCCACGGGCCCCUCCGCCUGCCCCUCCCUGGAGCUCUGCAGACUGACCAGCUGGAGCUCUCUGUUUCCUGACCCCAAAUCUGAGCUGGGACCUGUCAAAGCGGAUGGGCGACUCAGGUAGCAGGGCCCAGCCAGCACCUCCAGAAGAUGGGGACUCGCACCUUAUAGACGAGGACAGAGGGGCAGCCCCUGCCCCAAGCAAGUACCAGAGGGCACCCAAACAGAGUCGGCCCUCGAGCGCUCAGCUGGCAGGGAAGGGGCGGUGAAUUCACUACUGCUGAUGGCCUGCGGGGGGGCCAGAGGGUGGGCAGGAAGGCUGGGAGAAGGGCUCCGACAUUCCACACCCUGCUCUUCCGCUCUCCCUCACCUUCCCCUCUCGUUCGUUUUUACAGAGAGGAAAAUGGGUGGUGGGGGCAGGAACUGAACGAAAAGAUGUGCAAUAGGGCUGAGAGCAGCCCCAGGAAGUGGGCCAUGGCUCUGGGGAGCUGGGCCCUGAUGAGCCCAUCUGCCGUUGCUCUGGAGGAGGCUGGGCUGGCUCUCCAGGGCCCGUCCCCAGCCUGGGCCCGUGGUGGUCACGGCCGAGGCUCUGUAGGGCUGCCAGCACCAUGCCAGGCCCUGAGGCUCGGGGAACAGACGAUUCCGGGGAGCACUGUGGAGCUGGACUCUCGGGGGCAGCUCUCCCCUUGUAGCCAGGGGACCGGAGAAGAGGGGUGGUGCUGGCUCCUGGGCUUUCCAGCAUCUGCUGCCCCGUGAUGGAGAGCAGGGCACCAGGGCCUCCUGAGACCAAAGCAGUCUCCCAGGGGCCCAGAACUGCAACCAGGGCCUGGGCUCCUGCCCUGGAGGGACAAGCCCGUGUGAGCAGCAUGGGGAGAACCUCCGUCAGGGCUCUCAGGAGGACCUGGGGUGGCGGUGUGCCUGAAGCUCAGUGUCAAGUCUGAAAUAUGCAACAGAAGAAAUAGAUCUCUAUCU